GUUUCGUUUCUUCCACGUAAAAAACAGCCUCCACAAUCAUGCUUAGAAACGUUGCUCGCGUUGCUCGUCCUUUGUCACUUGCGGCUGCCGCUCGCGGUCUUGCACCUGCUGCCCGUCUUAACCUCGGCGCUGUUGCAGCUGCUGCCCGUACCUACGCCUCGGCUAAGCCUUCCACUUCGGAGGUCUCUUCGAUCUUGGAGCAACGUAUCCUCGGUUCGUCUUCUGAAGUCGAUCUUCAGGAAACCGGUCGCGUCUUGUCCAUUGGUGACGGUAUCGCCCGUGUUUACGGUUUGAAGAACUGCCAGGCCGAAGAAAUGGUGGAAUUCUCCAGCGGUCUCAAGGGUAUGGCCCUUAACUUGGAAGCUGACAAUGUCGGUAUUGUCGUUUUCGGUAACGAUCGUUUGAUCAAGGAAGGUGACACCGUCAAGCGUACUGGUGCUAUUGUCGACGUCCCAAUUGGUCCCGGUAUCCUCGGCCGUGUCGUUGAUGCUUUGGGUAACCCCAUUGAUGGUAAGGGUCCUCUUGAGACCGUUGGCCGUUCCCGUGUCCAGGUCAAGGCUCCCGGUAUUUUGCCCCGUCACUCUGUCAACGAGCCCAUGCAGACUGGUAUCAAGUCCGUUGAUUCCAUGGUCCCUAUCGGUCGUGGUCAGCGUGAAUUGAUUAUUGGUGAUCGUCAGACUGGUAAGACCGCCGUUGCCCUCGAUACCAUUCUUAACCAGAAGAACUGGAACAACGGUAACGACGAGUCCAAGAAGUUGUACUGUAUCUACGUUGCUGUCGGUCAGAAGCGUUCCACUGUUGCUCAGCUCGUCCGUACUCUCGAAGAGAACGAUGCCAUGAAGUACACCAUUGUCGUCGCUGCUACUGCUUCCGAAGCCGCUCCCCUUCAGUACCUCGCUCCUUUCUCCGGUGCCGCUUUGGGUGAAUGGUUCCGUGACAACGGUCGUCACUCUUUGAUCAUCUAUGACGAUUUGUCCAAGCAGGCUGUUGCUUACCGUCAAAUGUCUCUUUUGCUUCGUCGUCCCCCCGGUCGUGAAGCUUACCCCGGUGACGUUUUCUACCUUCACUCCCGUUUGUUGGAACGUGCUGCCAAGAUGAACAAGGAUUUCGGUUAUGGUUCCAUGACCGCUCUUCCCAUCAUUGAAACUCAGGGUGGUGAUGUGUCUGCUUACAUUCCUACCAACGUUAUUUCCAUUACCGAUGGUCAGAUUUUCUUGGAAGCCGAACUUUUCUUCAAGGGUAUCCGUCCCUCCAUUAACGUCGGUCUUUCCGUGUCCCGUGUCGGUUCCGCCGCCCAGACCAAGGCCAUGAAGCAGGUCGCUGGUUCCUUGAAGCUUUUCUUGGCUCAGUACCGUGAAGUUGCUGCUUUCGCUCAGUUCGGUUCCGAUUUGGAUGCCUCCACUCAAUUCUUGUUGAACCGUGGUGCCCGUCUUACUGAAUUGUUGAAGCAACCCCAGUACUCUCCCUUGCCCAUCCAGGUCCAGGUCCCCAUUGUGUUCGCUGGUGUCAACGGUUUCCUUGACAAGAUCCCCGUCAACAAGGUCGUCGACUGGGAAAAGGACUUUAUCAGCCACAUCCAAUCCGAACAGGGUGCCGUCCUUGAUGAAAUCCGCACCCAGGGUGUCCUCUCCAAGGACCUCGAGGGCAAGCUCCGUACCAUCUGCGAGAACCACUGCAAGACUUUCUACUAAA